GACAUAGGAAGCUUUGUGGGUUAUAGGCAUCAGCCAAGGCCAGCAGCCCUCAGUCGGUAGCUGGCAGUGGAGGGAGGAGGAGCUCCGACUGUGCUCUUUGACGGCAGUUUUUGUGCCUCUUGGCGCUUGUCGUGCGUUUCUUUUUGAAGUAAAACAGCAGGUCCCCGACCUCAUAGACCAUCCAGUUUGGGAGGUGGCGGCAGACUACGGGCUGAGGCCCCAGAUCUGCCUGGGAUCAGGCUGCUUCUACAAGUGCAGGGCCACCCUCAGUAGUGUGGCUGCUAGGGCAGCACAGUUACAGUUUCAUCGAAGGCUCAGGCAGGAGUGGAGAGGAGUGUAGGUGCCCCAUGGGGAAUAUACUGACCUGUUGUGUGUGCCCCAAAGUCAGCUCCAACUGUGGCUGGCCCAGGGGGAAGGCGGCAUCCAGUUAUGAAUCUGAUAUUUAUGAGGCCGUGGCUGCUGCAACAUCAGAAUCCACUACUGUAGAGCCUGGCAAGCUGGGUGUGGGAGCCACGGAGGGCCAAGACCUGCAGCACAUCAGCAACCAAAAGAUGCCCACAGCUUCUGUUCUGGACCUGGAAGAUAUUGCGCUUGGUAUUGCGGAGGAGGUGUUAUCUGAAAUGGUCCCCCUGAGGACCGCCUGAGUUUAAAAUUUCUGCCACCAAGUGAGGAAGACAAUGAUGAUGCCAAGCUUCUCUUGAGGACAACCUGAGUUUAGUAUGCCUACCACCAAGUGAAGAUGAUGAUUGUGAUCAUGAUGAUGAUGAUGAUGAUGCCCAGGUAAGACCACCUUUCUUUGUCUUCUAAGGAAAUGUUGGUUUUCUGAUGUGAGAAACAAACUCACCAGUCCAAACCUAAAGAAUGGACUCAGGGAGCUGAAAAACAGUAACAGUGAGAUUUUCUUUCCUUUUCUUUUUAAUUAUACUUUAAGUUGUAGGGUACAUGUGCACAACGUGCAGAUUAGUUACAUAUGUAUACAUGUGCCAUGUUGGUGUGCUGCACCCAUUAACUCAUCAUUUAACAUUAGGUAUAUCUCCUAAUGCUAUCCCUCCCCCCUCUCCCCACCCCACAACAGGCCCUGGUGUGUGAUGUUCCCCUUCCUGUGUCCAUGUGUUCUCACUGUUCAAUUCCCACCUAUGAGUCAGAACAUGCAGUGUUUGGUUUUUUGUCCUUGCAAUAGUUUGCUUGCUUUCCAGCUUCAUCCAUGUCCCUACAAAGGACAUGAACUCAUCAUUUUUUAUGGCUGCAUAGUAUUCCAUGGUGUAUAUGUGCCACAUUUUCUUAAUCCAGUCUAUCAUUGUUGGACAUUUGGGUUGGUUCCAAGUUUUGCUAUUGUGCCGCAAUAAACAUAUGUGUGCAUGUGUCUUUAUAGCAGCAUGAUUUAGAAUCCUUUGGGUAUAUACCCAGUAAUGGGAUGGCUGGGUCAAAUGGUAUUUCUAGUUCUAGAUCCCUGAGGAAUCGCCACACUGACUUCCACAAUGGUUGAACUAGUUUACAGUCCACCAACAUUGUAAAAGUGUUCCUAUUUCUCCACAUCCUCUCCAGCACCUGUUGUUUCCUGACUUUUUAAUGAUUGCCAUUCUAACUGGUGUGAGAUGGUAUCUCACUGUGGUUUUGAUUUGCAUUUCUCUGAUGGCCAGUGAUGAUGAGCAUUUUUUCAUGUCUUUUGGCUGCAUAAAUGUCUUCUUUUGAGAAGUGUCUGUUCACAUCCUUCGCCCACUUUUUGAUGGGGUUGUUUGUUUUUUUUCUUGUAAAUUUGUUUGAGUUCACUGUAGAUUCUGGAUAUUAGCCCUUUGUCAGAUGAGUAGAUUGCAAAAAUUUUCUCCCAUUCUGUAGGUUGCCUGUUCACUCUGAUGGUAGUUUCUUUUGCUGUGCAGAAGCUCUUCAGUUUAAUUAGAUCCCAUUUGUCAAUUUUGGCUUUUGUUGCCAUUGCUUUUGGUGUUUUAGACAUGAAGUCCUUGCCCAUGCCUAUGUCCUGAAUGGUAUUGCCUUGGUUUUCUUCUAGGGUUUUUAUGGUUUCAGGUCUAACAUGUAAGUCUUUAAUCCAUCUUGAAUUAAUAUUUGUAUAAGGUAUAAGGAAGGGAUCCAGUUUCAGCUUUCUACAUAUGGCUAGCCAGUUUUCCCAGCCCCAUUUGUUAAAUAGGGAAUCGUUUCCCCAUUUCUUGUUUUUGUCAGGUUUGUCAAAGAACAGAUGGUUGUAGAUAUGCGGCAUUAUUUCUGAGGGCUCUGUUCUGUUCCAUUGGUCUAUAUCUCUGUUUUGGUACCAGUACCAUGCUGUUUUGGUUACUGUGGCCUUGUAGUAUAGUUUGAAGUCAGGUAGCGUGAUGCCUCCAGCUUUGUUCUUUUGGCUUAGGAUUCACUUGGCAAUGCAGGCUUUUUGGUUCCAUAUGAACUUUAAAGUAGUUUUUUCCAAUUCUGUGAAGAAAGUCAUUGGUAGCUUGAUGGGGAUGGCAUUGAAUCUAUAAAUUACCUUGGGCAGUAUGGCCAUUUUCACGAUAUUGAUUCUUCCUACCCAUGAGCAUGUAAUGUUUGUAUCCUCUUUUAUUUCAUUGAGCAGUGGUUUGUAGGUCUAUCAAUUGUGUUGAUCUUUUCAAAAAACCAGCUCCUGGAUUCAUUGAUUUUUUGAAGGGUUUUUUGUGUCUCUAUUUCCUUCAGUUCUGCUCUUAGUUACUUCUUGCCUUCUGCUAGCUUUUGAAUGUGUUUGCUCUUGCUUCUCUAGUUCUUUUAAUUGUGAUGUUAGGGUGUCAAUUUUAGAUCUUUCCUGCUUUCUCUUGUGGGCAUUUAGUGCUAUAAAUUUCCCUCUACACACUGCUUUGAAUGUGUCCCAGAGAUUCUGGUAUGUUGUGUCUGUGUUCUCGUUGGUUUCAAAGAACAUCUUUAUUUCUGCCUUCAUUUCGUUAUGUACCCAGUAGUCAUUCAGGAGCAGGUUGUUCAGUUUCCAUGUAGUUGAGUGGUUUUGAGUGAGUUUCUUAAUCCUGAGUUCUAGUUUGAUUGCACUGUGGUCUGAGAGACAGUUUGUUAUAAUUUCUGUUCUUUUACAUUUGCUGAGGAGAGCUUUACUUCCAACUAUGUGGUCAAUUUUGGAAUAGGUGUGGUGUGGUCCUGCAAAGAAUGUAUAUUCUGUUGAUUUGGGGUGGAGAGUUCUGUAGAUGUCUAUUAGGUCCGCUUGGUGCAGAGCUGAGUUCAAUUCCUGCAUAUCCUUGUUAACUUUCUAUCUCGUUGAUCUGUCUAAUGUUGACAGUGGGGUGUUAAAGUCUCCCAUUAUUAUCGUGUGGGAGUCUAAGUCUCUUUGUAGGUCUCUAAGGACUUGCUUUAUGAAUCUGGGUGCUCCUGUAUUGGGUGCAUAUAUAUUUAGGAUAGUUAGCUCUUCUUGUUGAAUUGAUCCCUUUACCAUUAUGUAAUGGCCUUCUUUGUCUCUUCUUAUCUUUGUUGGUUUAAAGUCUGUUUUAUCAGAGACUAGGAUUGCAACCCCUGCCUUUUUUUGUUUUCCAUUUGCUUGGUAGAUCUUCCUCCAUCCCUUUAUUUUAAGCCUAUGUGUGUGUCUGCACGUGAGAUGGGUUUCCUGAAUACAGCACACUGAUGGGUCUUGACUCUUUAUCCAAUUUGCCAGUCUGUGUCUUUUAAUUGGAGCAUUUAGCCCAUUUACAUUUAAGGUUAAUAUUGUUAUGUGUGAAUUUGAUCCUGUCAUUAUGAUGUUAGGUGGUUAUUUUGCUCGUUAGUUGAUGCAGUUUCUUCCUAGCCUCGAUGGUCUUUACAAUUUGGCAUGUUUUUGCAGUGGCUGGUACCAGUUGUUCAUUUCCAUUUUUAGUGCUUCCUUCAGGAGCUCUUUUAGGGCAGGCCUAGUGGUGACAAAAUCUCUCAGCAUUUGCUUGUCUGUAAAGGAUUUUAUUUCUCCUUCACUUAUGAAGCUUAGUUUGGCUGGAUAUGAAAUUCUGGAUUGAAAAUUCUUUUCUUUAACAAUGUUGAAUAUUGGCCCCCACUCUCUUCUGGCUUGUAGAAUUUCUGCUGAGAGAUCAGCUGUUAGUCUGAUGGGCUUCCCUUUGCAGGUAACCCGACCUUUCUCUCUGGCUGCCCUUAACAUUUUUUCCUUCAUUUCAACUUUGGUGAAUCUGACAAUUAUGUGUCUUGGAGUUGCUCUUCUCGAGGAGUAUCUUUGUGGUGUUCUCUGUAUUUCCUGAAUUUGAAUGUUGGCCUGCCUUGCUAGAUUGGGGAAGUUCUCCUGGAUAAUAUCCUGCAGAGUGUUUUCCAACUUGGUUCCAUUCUCCCCGUCACUUUCAGGUACACCAAUCAGAUGUAGAUUUGGUCUUUUCAUAUAGUCCCAAAUUUCUUGGAGGCUUUGUUCAUUUCUUUUUAUUCUCUUUUCUCUAAACUUCUCUUCUCGCUUCAUUUCAUUCAUUUGAUCUUCCAUCACUGAUACCCUUUGUUCCAGUUGAUCGAAUUGGUUACUGAGGCUUGUGCAUUCAUCACGUAGUUCUCGUGCUGUGGUUUUCAGCUCCAUCAGGUCCUUUAAGGACUUCUCUGCAUUGGUUAUUCUAGUUAGCCAUUCGUCUAAUCUUUUUUCAAGGUUUUUAACUUCUAUGCCAUGGGUUCGAACUUCCUCCUUUAGCUCCGAGUAGUUUGAUCAUCUGAAGCCUUCUUCUCUCAACUUGUCAUUCUCCAUCCAGCUUUGUUCCAUUGCUGGUGAGGAGCUGCAUUCCUUUGGAGGAGGAGAGGCACUCUGAUUUUUAGACUUUUCAGUUUUUCUGCUCUGUUUUUUCCCCAUCUUUGUGGUUUUAUCUAUCUUUGGUCUUUGAUGAUGGUGACGUACAGAUGGGGUUUUGCUGUGGAUGUCCUUUCUGUUUUGUUAGCUUUCCUUCUAACAGUCAGGACCCUCAACUGCAGGUCUGUUGGAGUUUGCUGGAGGUCCACUCCAGAACCUGUUUGCCUGGGUAUCAGCAGUGGGGGCUGCAGAAAGCGGAUAUUGGUGAACAGCAAAUGUUGCUGCCUGAUCGUUCCUCUGGAAGUUUUGUCUCAGAGUACCCGGCCGUUUGAGGUGUCAGUCUGCCCCUACUAGGGGGUGCCUCCCAGUUGGGCUACUCGGGGGUCAGGGACCCACUUGAGGAGGCAGUCUGUCCAUUCUCAGAUCUCCAGCUGCGUGCUGGGAGAACCACUACUCUCUUCAAAGCUGUCAGACAGGGACAUUUAAGUCUGCAGAGGUUUCUGCUGCCUUUUGUUUGGCUAUGCCUUGCCCCCAGAGGUGGAGUCCACAGAGGCAGGUGGGCCUCCUUGAGCUGUGGUGGACUCCACCCAGUUUGAGCUUCCUGGCUUCUUUGUUUACCUACUGAAGACUCGGCAAUGGCGGGCGCCCCUACCCUAGCCUCGCUGCCACCUUGCAGUUUGAUCUCAGACUGCUGUGCUAGCAAUGAGCGAGGCUCCGUGGGCGUAGGACCCUCCAAGCAAGGUGCGGGAUACAGUCUCCUGGUGUGCCAUUUGCUAAGACCUUUGGAAAAGUGCAGUAUUAGGGUGGGAGUCACCCGAUUUUCCAGGUGCCAUCUGUCAUCCCUUUCCUAGGCUAGGAAAGGGAAUUCCCUGACCCCAUGCACUUCCCGGGUGAGGCGAUGCCUCGCCCUGCUUCGGCUCACGCUCAGUGCGCUGCACCUGCUCUCCAACAAUCCCCAGUGAGAUGAACCCGGUACCUCAGUUGGAAAUGCAGAAAUCAUUUGUCUUCUGCGUCGCUCACACUGGGAGCUGUAGACUGGAGCUGUUCCUAUUCAGCCAUCUUGGCUCCACCUCCCAUAAUAAACAUUUUAAAACAUUU